AUGGUCCUAAACAGGUAUGGUCCCAAAAUGCCUCUUGCAGUGGAUUGCACUGCUGAACUGAUUCGUUGCAAGGUCCUGGAUUCAUCUGGCAGAUUAAAGUCACAUGAGCUCAUCCUCUCUUAUGGGCUGGCUCUUGUAAGGUUUGUCAACUUGAUCACAGAAAGGAAACAGAAAAUGGUCAGCAUUCCUCUGAGACAAUUAGCCAGAGAGGUGGACAUCCCCAUCUGGGUGGUGGAUCUCCGGCAUGAGCUGACCCAUGGGAAGCUGCCACAGCUGGCCCUGUGCCGCAAGGGUGAGGCAGAGUCUGCAGCGAGCACAUCCAAGGCCCCAGGCCGGGUUGGUUGGGGCGCUGAGCAACCUGGGCUAGUGGGAGAUGACCCUGCCUGCGCAGGAGGGUUGGAUCUAGAUGAUCUUUAA